GGCCUCUAGGAUGUAAAUAGCCAAACCCAAACUCCAAACGAACAGGCAAAAGUCAAGGCCUUUUCACCAGAGCAAAAGAACCAAACCAAACCGAACCACACGACACAGGGCGAGCAAGCAGUGACAGCAGAGAGAAAUGGGGAGGAAGAAGGGAGUAGCAGAGUUCGAGGAUUCCCCUCCAGAUGAUUUCGAUCCAUCAAACCCUUACAAGGACCCAGUGGUGAUGCUGGAAAUGAGAGAGCAUCUUGUUAGAGAGAAAUGGAUUGACAUAGAGAAAGCCAAGAUCUUGAGAGAGAAACUGCGGUGGUGCUAUCGCAUUGAAGGAGUCAAUCAUCUCCAGAAAUGUCGCCAUUUUGUCCAGCAGUAUCUUGAUUCAACUCGUGGCAUCGGGUGGGGCAAGGACCAACGCCCUCCUUGUCUCCACGGUCCUAAAGUGGAGGCAACAGCUGAGUCUGAGUGAAUCCAUUUCAGUAUUUGAUCUGCCUGGUUUUGUAUUAAGGUGACUGAUUUUGAGAGCAGGUUGAUACUUGAAGUGGAGGGAAGUUGGGCCUCUAUAUUAAUUUAAUGCGUGGCUGUUUUUCUUUAUUUGACCCUUACUUAUCAUCUAUAGGUUUUUUUAAUUGCCUUACCUGUAAUGUGCAGAGGCCAGAUGUUAGUGGCUUUGGCUUUCACCUUCCAUCGUUUUAAUUGUUAGCAUCAAAAUACUGCAGAUGAUUCAGACAGGAUCAAUGAAUGAAAGUUACGCAGAUAACGCAAUAAAUUUUCCUGUCA